CUUCCGGUUCCGGCGGGGCGGAGCGGCGGAGGCGGUUCCGGUUCCGGAUCCGACGGCAUGGCGCGGAGCACGCUCUCGUCCCGCUUCCGCCGCCUCGACAUCGAUCAGUACGACGAGAACCGCUUCGUGGAGGAGCCCGAAGAGGCGGCGGCGGCCGAGGUGCGGGGAAACGCGCCCGGCAGCAACCGGUGGCUGAGAGAAGAAGUCCCGAAGUACAUCCGAGGGGAUCUUGUAGUGUGCUGCAGAAGCGGGACGUUGGUCUCGGACUGUAGAUUUGUUGCAGGCAAUUCUGCAGUGCGCUUCGGGUGGCUCUCCCGAGGUGCAAAAUGUUCUCCUGUUUGGCUGCUCCGGGCGCUUUGCUGCGCGUGGCUCUCGGGGUCGUGUCCGGCUUUGCUGAUCCUAACGGCGUUUUCCUUUCCUGUGCAGGAGCAGGCGCAGGGAACCAUGCUCAAAGUCCUCACGUCUUUUAAAAGCAGUGAAAUCGAACAAGCGGUGAACUCCUUAGACAGAAAUGGUAUUGACUUGUUAAUGAAGUAUAUUUAUAAAGGAUUUGAAAAGCCGACAGAAAAUAGCAGUGCAAUAUUACUCCAGUGGCAUGAAAAGGCAUUAGCAGUAGGUGGCCUAGGUUCCAUAGUAAGAGUUCUUACAGCAAGAAAGACUGUUUAAAGACUGUUAAUUCAAACCAAGACAACCAUCGGUUCUGGACCCAGAAGAAGAAGAAGUAGCUGAAGUGACACUGGUCCAUCUUGAUUAGAGACUGCAAUCUACUGAAAUACUUUGGAAACCUCCUCUUGGACUGCUUUUAACCUUAAAGGUGGGAAAAGAGUAAAGGUAUUCCUGUAUAUUCUGACUAUCACAUACAGGAGCCAAGACAUUCUCCUGAUUGCUUCUUUUAAGGCAGAGAGAAGGCAAACUCCUGCCUCCUACUACUGAAAGUGAGCAGGUAUUUUCAGAUGUUGCUUUAUCGAAGUGUGGUGAUCCAAGAUCCUGUCUGUACUGCUUAUUUAAGAGGGAGCUAUGGUCUUCACAGAUGCAAGAUUCUGACAGUUUAUGAAUGGGAGAAGGGUUUAUUAGAAAGAUGAUUUUGUGUAUAUAUGUGUGUAUAUAUAGAGAGAGAUAUAGUCAGAGGACAGUUGGACUAUGGGGUUGGUUUCAUUGUAAAGUGCCUGCUGCAUCAAUAAAGUUCUUGGAUCAUACAAGUUAA